AUUACACUUACAUUAACACACCUACAUUCAUAUUACCACUAACACUCACACUAUUUUCCUUUUUCUUUCUUUCUUUCUUUUUUCUUUAUUUUGUUAUUACAUUCUCUCACAUUAACAUCUGUAGUGAUUAUUUUUAUAUUCAUCCUAUUAUCCGUUUAUCAAAUUUGACCACUACUCCCAGUCUCUCUCUCACACAAUCACAUAGCACCUUCAGUUUUUUCCUUGGAACAAAUUGUUGGUUUCUUCGUCCUCCUCCAUCUUCUCUUCGUGAUACAACAACUUUUUUUUUUUUAUGUGUUUUAUAAAGACGACCUUUUAAUAUACGACAGAACAAACAUAAACCAAAACUUUCAACUUGUAUAUCAUCAAACAACUUAAAAACAAAAGAUCAUGGAUCCUUCUCAUUGUACAGUAGUAAUAUUACAACAACCUCAACCUCAACCUUUUAUUAUUAAUGAUGGAAGUGAUCAACAAUUGUCUCAACCAAGUUAUUUAUCUAUUUUACAAUCUGUUUUUGCUCAAGUAUCUAUUACCUCCCAUCAAACCGAAGCUUUUAGUUGGAUCAAGCAACAACCGUCAACAUUAUUAUUAUUGGAUUUGGAUGAUCAAGAAGAUGACUCCCUUGGAUGUUUUGCAAAUAUCACUUGGGUUGCCAAUAUUACUCAACUUGUUGAAGAUGAUAAUGUCCCAGUCAUUGUAUGUUCAUCCAAUGAAAAUGCUUCCUUUAUGCUUGAUUGCAUCCAUGCAGGUGCUGCCGAUUAUAUCCUGAAACCAAUGCGUCUAGAUGUCGUCAAAACAUUAUUCUUAGCGUUACACCGACGUCGAUCUCAUUCCAAAAUGCACGAUGACCAUGGUUCCUCUCCCACACUUUCUAGUGAUAAUGUCAUGUCUCCUGCUGCAACUACUACUACAACUACAACUACAACUGCUCCUAUCACACCUACCAACUUUCAAUCUUUACAACAUCAUCCAUUACGUGACGAUUCUAGUUUACAACUUCGUUUGAAAGAAAUAGUUGAAAAAGAUUCAUUAUUAUCCAAAGUAGUGAUGGAUAUUUAUGCACCAUUACCACCGGUUUCUGUAGACAUGUCCUUAUCAAGUGAAUCUGCUAAAUUAUUACAAAACAAAAUCGAUAGAUGGGAUUUUUCUCCAUUUGAAUUGAAUCAUCAAGAACUUAUCCAUUGUGUUAUCCUUAUGUUUAAACCAGUUCUUGCUUGUCCUGAAUUGGAUCAUUUGAUUGUUACUCAAGAACAAUUGUACGACUUUAUUAGUGAUCUUUCUAGUGUUUAUCAUGAUGCCAAUCCAUAUCACAACUUUGCUCAUGCUGUUGAUGUUUUACAAUGUUCUUAUUAUACUCUUCAACAACUUGGUGUCUUGCCUUUUGAAUCACGACAAGAUCAAUCACUUCCAUCUUUUAAACCUCAACAUCUGUUACGUCCCAUUGAUGUCUUAGCUCUCUUUAUUGCUGCCAUUGGUCAUGAUGCUGCUCAUCCUGGUGUCAACAAUUUGUUUUUGGUCAACUCGGCUGCUCCUCUGGCCUUGCUGUAUAAUGAUCGUUCUGUACUUGAAAGUUUCCAUUCAAUGACUCUGUUUCAAUUGAUGAAAAAACAUGGCUUGGAUCAAAUUUCAGGUGGUUCUGGAACCUUAAAUUAUCAAGAAUUUAGAAAGACUGUGGUGACUAGUAUUUUGGCAACGGAUAUGUCACUUCAUAAUGAUUAUGUCUUGAAGAUUCAAGAACAAGCGACAAGAUUACUGGAUAGAACGCCAACAUCCAAAAUAGAUGAAGAACAAGAACGGCUGCUGCUAUGUAGUGCUAUUAUCAAAUGUGCAGAUAUAAGCAACGUGGCUAGACCUUUCUUACAAUCUACCAAAUGGGCUGAAUUAUUGGUUGAAGAAUUUGCUUGUCAAGGUGAUUUGGAAAAGGAACUUGGUAUGCCUGUCUCCUUACUCAAUGACCGUGAAAAAUUGAUAUUGGAAGAAUCACAAAUUGGAUUCAUUCGGUUCGUUGCUAUGGGAUUAUUCCAACGUGUGCGUGAAGUUAUGCAAGAAAUGACAUUUGCUGUAGAUCAAUUAGAAAGUAAUUUACAACGUUGGGAAAAUCGCAAACAUACCACACAUGAUUCUGGGGUAUCAACACUUGCCGAUAAGGAAAACGAAUUAUUACAACGAAACGACAAGGUCACUGAUCCCUCAACAACGGUGAUCCUUGGUAGUGAUGACAAUGAUGGUGAUCAUACAAACCGUGAUACAGACAAUAGUUCACCGUAUAAUGUCCAACCAGAUGUGGAAUUUUUGCAUACGCGAAUAUCUAUUGAUACAGCAAAUGAACUGACAAGCAUGCCAGCCAUGGCGAUGAAGCACUAUUCCUCUGCAGGCAAGGUGGAUGAUCGGGAUGAUUUUUCGACUUUAUCGCAUUUCCCUUCUACUGGCAAUCACCCUCCUGGAUGGCACGAUGGCCCUGUUUAUUGUCAAUGUACUAUACAAUGAUGAAAUCUGAUCAUCUCCUCCCCUCUCUUUUUUUUUAUAUAUCUAGUAUUAUCAUAGUCAUUAUAGGCAUUUGUACACAAUUUUAUUUUUAUUCUUUUUUUUAUUUUAUUUUAUAUCUACACUCUUCAUUGAUUCCCCCCAUUCCUCCUUUUUAUUUUUUUAAGUAUAUAGAUUAUUCUUCCUCCGCAUUUUUUCUUUAUCUUCUUAUAUCUUCCUUCUCUUUCUUUGCCGAUAGAUUGUAUACUUUAGACCUUUCUUCAGUUUUCUUUUUUUUUAUUUAUUUAUUUUUUUACAAAUAAAAUUUCAAUGUGUUUAUACA